AGCAUGCUGGGCUCCGGCGGGCCGACUCAAGACCUCUCGGUGGCGUGUGAGCUAAAUAGGAAUGUAGCCAGGCGUUUCUGCGGCGUUUCUCUGGAUUGAGCACUGCUCUGGGUAUGGCGGCCUCAGGGCAGGACCCGGUCUUCGAGCUCUAGAACUUCGCGGGCGCGUCCUCAGCGCUUUACUAGAAAAUUGGCGCAAACCCCGCGGAGAAUCAUCUAUAAAGAGUAGAUCUAGCCAGCUUGUAACCAUGAGCGAAUGGAUGAAGAAAAGCCCCUUAGAAUGGGAAGAUUACGUUUAUAAAGAAGUGAGAGUGAUAGCCUGUGAGAAGGAGUAUAAAGGAUGGCUUCUAACUACAGACCCAGUCUCUGCCAGCAUUGUCCUCGUGAACUUCCUUGAAGAUGGCAGAUUGUCUGUGACUGGAAUUAUGGGACAUUCUGUGCAGACUGUGGAAACUGUAAGUGAAGGGGACCCCAGAGUAAGAGAGAAGCUGAUGAAUUUGUUCACAUCUGGAGAUUGUAAAGGAUACAGCCCCGAGGAUCUGGAAAAGAAGAAGACCAGCCUAAAGAAAUGGCUCGAGAAGAACCACAUCCCUGUCACUGAACAGGGAGAUGCACAAAGGACUCUCUGUGUGGCUGGGGUUCUGACUAUAGACCCACCAUAUGCUCCAGAAAAUUGUAGCAGCUCUAAUGAGAUCAUUCUGUCCCGAAUUCAGGAUCUUAUUCAAGGACAUCUUUCAGCUUCCCAGUGAGAGGCCAAGUACUAUGAAUAUGCUGACUUCACUGUUUGCUUUUGUAUUAAAUUCUUCAAAUGUAAGUUGAUUAUAUUACAAAGACAUCAAAAGCACAUGAGGGUUAUAGGUAUGUGUAUGUGUGUGUGUCUUAAGUUUUUGUUCAGGUCAGAUCAGAUGAGUAGAUUAUGAGUGCUAGGUUCCUUGGGAGGAAAAGGUACAAGAGCAGCGUCUUUUGCACUGAAAAUAACGCAGGGAAGCCAGAUUUGGAAGGAGCUCUUCUUGUGUGUGAUUUAAGAUAAAUCACCCUUUUUGUGAGACAAGAAUGCAUUUUGAAUAGGUAUAACGAUGUGAAAUAAGUUUAUGAAUUUCAAUAUAAGAUAUUAAAGUAAAAAUCAGUCUCAGGUUC